AUGGCUUGCUAUUAUGCCGACGUAUAUCGAAUGAGUACAUUCCUGACCGAUUGUUCCGUACGGUCUCCAGUUACCCAGCUUAUAUCGAAACACGAUUUUUCCAUAUCAAUUGCGUCAGCUGCUUUACUUCAGGUGCAGUCACCAUCGAACAACGUUCGCUAUCAUGUUCCUAUCACUAUGGAAAUGAAAUGUGUCGUGUUUAUGUACUUUACACUACUUCCUCUGUUGCUAUUGACCACAGAGGUUUAUCUUCAUGGUUUUAAAGGCGAAGUAACUACAGAUGACACCAGUCUCAGAGGAUGCACGUAUUUACAUUGCGGCGGGGAUGAUGUUUGCGUACAUCGAAAAUUUCGAUGUAAAGACCCUCCGUGUCCCAGUAUGCUAUACUGCGCGAGAUCUCGAACAGAAUCUCUAAGAGGACCCUCCACCUGCGAUACUGUGCACUGCACCAAUGGUUACGUGUGCAUGUUGAAAGUUCGUCGUUGUCACUGGGACGAAAAGUGCGAGCAACAGAUAGCAAGAUGCGUAACUCAAAAAGAAUACUACGAAGGCCCCGCUUCCUGCGCCGGGUUCAAAUGUCCUCAAGGAAACCACUGCAUUCUCCGGGAAUCAUUCUGUGCAAAUCCUCCUUGUAAAUUGAUAAAAAGCUGCAUGAAGAACAAAGAAGUGCAGCAUUUAUUCGUAAAGUGUCGAAAUCUCGGUUGCUCAUCAGAAUACGAAUGUUUCUUACGAAGACCAGAGGGUAACUGUUCGAUUCCACUUUGUAAACACACACCGGAUUGCAUAAUGCCAAGAGAGAACGAAAUGGCAAAUGAACGUUGUCGUGGAUGGAUAUGCCCACAAAGGCAAACCUGUUCCGCAGAAAUUGUAGGAUCUUGCGAGACAGACGACUGUAAUAUUAAAAGAACUUGCCAUGAGGUACAUGUGGCAGCAGCGAAUGAUUCUGCUUCAUCUUUCUCAAGAAGAUCUCUGAAGAACGAGGACGAAGUCCCUCGAAAUGAUAGCGAGCAAUUUCAAGAUUGGCUUCAAUCUAUCAAGGAAAUACUCGGUUCUGGUGCGUACGGUGACUGGCUAGAGGAAAUUCUGUCGUCGCGUGGCAAAGAGUUGCGAAAAUGGCUCCAAGCAUCACACGGCAAUCUGGAUGCCAUGGGACCGAUACUUCCGGGACAAGAACGACCUACUACAUUGACAGAAAAUCUAUACUCAGUUCGCGGUACGAUGAACAUGUCGCCAUCUGAUGAUACAAAAGGGAUAGAAGAAAUUGAGUCUUUUCUGAGAGAAAGAAAUUUGACGCAUAUUUUAGAGAAGAUUCUUGUACCAAGCAGAAUCCUGUUACCGCCGUACGCAGCUUUAGAAGCUGCUCUGCUGAAUAAUGUAAGGGAAUCUAGCCCUUCGCCAUUUUUCAAUUAUCUUCUGAAAUAUCCCUCUUACGUGGAAAAUCAAUUUUUAUCGUCGCGGCCACAGAAAAUCGAAAAUGCUUACAAUCAACAGUAUCUUGUGGUUCCUGUGAAAAAUAUGAAGGAAUUAACCGAUUCUCCGAUUAUCGAUUAUAAUCCCAGUAUACGACAUUAUCACGGAACGAUUUCAGAAAAUGGUAAAAUAUCUGAUGUACGGGACAAUUUUUCCUCUUUCAAUGUUCCAGAGAAACAGAUGAAUUUAUCGUCAACCAGAGACGAGCUAUCGUCUUUGUGGACUGGACUGCACAAAAAUCUUGAAAAGACUUCACCUAAAGUAGAAACGCACUCUGUUGAAGAUUCUAUUGGUCUUUCGGAAGACAAAAGGUUGAUGGCCAAGGCGCAACACUUUGAUGACAUCCCUGUUGAUUUGUUGGAGAAGUUUCUUAAGUUUCUUAACUCUAUGCAGUUCUCCCCGAUUGAAAAUGUGUCACAGACUUUUGAUGAAAAACCUAUCGAAGAAUAUCGCAAAGAAAAUUUACCUAAAGUCCCACGAAAUGAGAAACACGAUGAAGACUUUGAGUGGAGUUCAAUAAUUCAUAGUCAAAAUAAUGAGGAUACAUUUAGGAAUAAAAAUGCUGAAGAGAAUGCAAAUCAAUUUUCUUUCCCUAAUGAUGACUAUGGAAAUUUCACAGACAUGAUCGAACCAGGUGUUAAGACGUUCUUUAAUAAAUUAGAUAACAUUCAACCUUUCAGUUAUUCGGAUCAGUCGAACGAUGUUCAAUCACAGUUAUCAUUCCCACAAAUCGACGAUAUAAACAACGAAGAAAUGAAUUUAAAUAUUUUCCUUGAACUGAACAGAGAAAGCCUCUUACCUUACGUACAAACCCUGAUGGAAAUGAUGAAUGAGGAAAAUGAUACUUUCGAUAGAGAAACAGAAUUGAAUUUCGAUGAAAGUUCAUCAAACACGUCUUUUUUAAAUAGUGAACAAGUUAUUGUUGAUGAAACUAACAAAUACUAUAACGAAUCAAAAUCUUCGGGGAUUGAAUCAAGUAACAUUUUUCUGAAAAAUAUUCUAAAUAAUAUGAAUGAUGUGCAUAAUUCGCAUAUCUUAGAAGAAGAAACAUAUGACCAGAUUUUGCCUACGAAUCAAACAGAAACAGCUUCAUCAAAUUUAAAACCAGAAAAAGAAUCGAGGACACCUGAGCUAAUUUAUGCCAACGAGGAACCUACUAUUCGGUCCUUUUAUAAUCUGCCUAGUUACGGUGCUGGCAACGGUGAUAUUGGUUUUCAAGAUUACACGUACGUCGAAUAUGUUCGUACGAAACUCGUAAAAAGUAAUGGGAAAUCCACUAAGUAAAGUCACAGUCAAUAUGACGGUAUUAUAUGUAUAACGUAUUUUCCAACAUUUGUUUUUAAGAAAUUAAACUGUAAAGUUCAA